CGUUUGAGGACAUUAGUUUGCUGGUUCGGAUUAAACCGGUUAGAUUGAUAAUCAGUCCGAUUUGGGUAAAUGAUGAUGGUUUAGGUAUUUUGAUAUUGCUGGCUCUGGUUCGCCGCUCUGGUUCGCCGGUUUGGUCUCUUCUUCUUCAACCGUCUUCUUGUUUGGUUUGCGAUCUUCGGUGUCUGUCUGUGCUCUGCUCUCUUUCAGGGGAAUCGAUGUAAGUUGGUGCCGCUUCCUUCAUUCUCUCUCACAGUUUAGUUUUGGUUCCAGUCGCUUUUCUAGUUUAGGGAUUUUGAUGAUGCCUUUGGUAGUCUUCUUAUGAAUCUGGGAGGUUUAGGCUUCAUAUUUUAGCUGAUAAUACUUGAGAUACAAACAUAUUAAGUUUAAGGGUAUGGGUCUAUUGGAAAGAAUGAAACUUUGGCUUAAUAUGAUAAUGAAUUUUGUUAUAAUUAAGAUUUCCAGAUUUUAGGAUUUUAUGCUAAUUGGUGAUUACUCUAUACUCUGAUAACGACUUUAACACAUAUUCUUCCUUUAACGAAUUCAAGCACUAUAAUAUUAUCUCUGUUACCGGACAUAAGGAGUUACAUGAUGCUACUUGGACAACAGAGAAUGCUUUGAAUGAAACACUGAGAACUUCGGGGGUCUUGAGAAUGAAGUUUUGGGGAGGCUUAUUAGUGAUCGUUGGUUGCGUUUCAUUUGUUGGAUUUGUGUUUGUAGCUAUAGUGUCUAAAUUGUUUCCACUCUCUGACAAUCCCAUUAUCCAAGCUAUUCAGAAUGACAGGUACUACUGCUUCUUGGCUCCACUGACUCUACCAGCUCUUCUGGUUGCUGUUUACUUUCAUUGGCUUAGCAUGAAGCUCUUCAAGCACGCAUGAUAUAUCACUGUUACUUUUUUUUUUUUUUUUUUGUUUUGUUUUUUUUUAUCAACUGGGGAAGAAGAAAGGUGUAACCUUUAUAUAACCAUGGAUUCCGGUGACGCGACAUCUUUGCUUUUGACGAAAAUUCGAAGCUUGGAGCCAGAUUAUGCUCCUAAGAUUAUUGGGUAUUUGCUUUUACAUGAUUUUGGUGAUAGAGACUUGAUGCAUCUGGCUCGUGGACCUGAAUCGAUUUUGCAGUCGACUAUUUCGAAAGUGAAGAGUCUCUUGGGGAUUUUCUCCAACAACUCGCCUUCUUCUACUCCGACGUCUCCUUCUCCGUUGAAUCCUAUCUGUCGUCCUCCUCUUAACGGAAGAGGAAGCUCUCACUCCAAUGGGUUUAUGGAUUUCCGUAGAAACUCUCCGUCUUCUCCUUCUUCUACCUCUCCUUGGUCAUUCAACAACUGUAUCAACGGUAAUAAUGGGAAUAACCCCCACAUUUCCCCUAAACACACUCCGAUCUCGAAACCCUUUAGCUCUCACCAAAGCAAUGGACUUUCUGCUACACAUUCUGGUAGUGCUGACGCUGCUGGUGGUGCUGAUUUACUUGAUGAUCAGCAGCUUAAUGAUUGCCUUUCGUUUCUCGACGAUUCUUGUUCUAAAACCGAGGAUCUUGUGGAUCCUAGCAUUCCUUUGGAUUACUCUGUAGAUGGUGAUGGUGAAACCCAUCUGCACAGGAGGAGUUUCUCUUGUGAUGCGUCUUUUGUGUCCGGAGAUGAUGGAUUUGGUGGUGGAUGCAAACCAUGUGUGUAUUUUAGUAGAGGUUUGUGCAAGAAUGGAGAAAGCUGCAAGUUUAUCCACGGUGGAUAUCCGGAUAAUAUGGAUGGUAAUGGCAUUGUCGCUGACUCGCCUAGGAAAAUGGAGAACUUUGUUAGGCAGCACGAGGAGAUGAUGAGGCUGAAAUUGGCUUACCAGCAGCAGAGGUUGGCUUCUCAAAUCCUGGGUCGGGCUCCCCAGUUGCCAUACGAGAAAAGAAUGGACUUUCUCUUGCAGCAGCAUGCUCAAAGAGAUGGUGGACUGCCUUUUGGUGAUGAAAGAUUUUGGAGCAGCAGCCCAGGACGGCUUGAGAGGAUGGAGCUGGCAAUGCAUUUAGGUGAUCAGUCAAAUUCGGCAUCUAGACAGAUUUACUUGACAUUCCCAGCUGACAGCACGUUUAAGGAUGAGGAUGUUGCUACAUAUUUCAGCCUCUUUGGAACAGUCCAAGAUGUGCGGAUCCCAUACCAACAGAAGCGUAUGUUUGGCUUUGUUUCAUUUGCUCAUCCCGAGACAGUGAAAGUUGUACUAGCUAGAGGGAAUCCCCAUUUCAUUUGCGACUCACGGGUUCUUGUCAAACCUUACAAAGAAAAAGGCAAAGUCUUGGACAAGAAGCAACAGCAACUGCUACAACAGCAGAUUGAGCGAGGAAAUUACUCCCCGUGCUCCAGUCCAUCUGGGAUUGAUCCUAGAGAACAGUCUGAUUUCCACCUUGGUUCAAAGAUGUUGUAUGAGAGACGUGAGAUGAUGAGAAGGAAAAUAGAGCAGGCUGAUCUCCUGAGGGCUAUUGAACUCGAAAGAAGACGUUUCAUUAAUUUACAGCUUCCUGAGUUCAAGAAUAGUGUAACGCUGAAUCAUCACCGUAGCUUUUCUGUGGGGUCUCCUGGUUAUUUUUCAUCUGCCGGCAAUCAAAGCCCUGAUUUUCAAUCUGAACUUAACGGUGCAGAUGCUUUAAAAGUAACUGAUGAUACCUUGGAGCUGCAUCCUUACCCAGUAGUCAACCCAAUGAGUGUUAACAAUAGCUACUCAAACGGUGCAAAAGAAGAGACUAACAAGAGUGAAUUGCUUGAUCCCGAUUCUGGAAGCACCAUUGAGCUUGUUCUUCCUAGUAACCUCUUCCCUUCUGCAUCAUCUACCGAUGAUCACAAAACCGAUGAUUCUGCUGAAACUAAUGCAAAAGUUGGAGUCUCCUCUACUAAUGAAAAUGACCAUGAACCACCAGUCACUACCAAUAAUCUGAUGCAGUAGGCUAUUUCACCUCAUAAAUGCCAAGGGUUUUUUCUUAUGGAUAAGAUGAGGCUACCGAAGUGUAUGUAAUAAAGACAAAGUAAACAAGCAUACACAAGGAAGUAGGAUGAUGUAUAUGUAUAGCUAAGUUAUAUAUAUCUAUAUAUAUAUGGAGAACAGAAAGAACGUAGGAGAUAUGAUAAUAUGGUAUGAAGAUCGCAAGUUUCCUCAGGUGAUACUAUACUACUAACAAACGGAUGCGUAAGACAUACUUUAAAGACGAUCUAUUUUGGAACUUUCAUUUCUUCUGCUUCUAUCUGUUUGCUUCUAAUAUCGGUUGCUCAUGUGAUUGUUCCGGUUUAUGUGGGUAACAAACCACAAGAGUCUCUGAUGUAACAAAAGAAUAGAGGGUUCUGUAACUU